UUUCACUUUGGCUGUCGGCAAAGAUCGAUCUGAAGACUGAAGUCAUCUAGCUAGGGUUUGUAGAGAGCGCGGACAGACAACACUGGGAGACUUGUCAAGAUCAACCCUCAGUGGACAUGAAACUACAGGGGAAAGUUGCUGUCGUGACGGGAGGUGCCCAAGGAUUAGGGCGGGGAUUUGCGGAGGGCCUACUUAGGAAAGGUGCAAAGGUUUGUAUCUGUGAUAUCAAUCCAGCUACUGGAAAUGCUACUCUCGACAUCUGGAACAAACAGUUCGGGAAGGACAGCAGCAUGUUUCUGAGAUGUGAUGUUACCGACCAUGAUCAAUUUGAAGGUGUGAUGAAGAAAGUGAUAGAAAAGUUCGGUGGAGUUGACAUUCUUGUGAACAAUGCUGGAGUCAAUGGAGAGGAACCUGAGAAAUGGAGAAAGACAAUUCACAUCAACAUGAUUGGUGUGAUAGAGGGGACAAUGCUGGCAGCGACUUAUAUGGACAAGACCGCUGGGGGACGCGGAGGACUCGUGGUAAACAUAGCGUCAACUGCAGGCCUUACACCAAUUUUCUAUGCCCCGGUCUACUCUGGAUCCAAGUAUGGUGUUGUGGGUUAUACUAGAAGUAUGGCAGCAGGCCCAAGAGUGUUAGAUACAGGACUAAGUUAUGCAGUACUUUGUCCAGCAUUCACAGACACAAACCUGUUUAAUGCGAGUCAAAUGGCUCAAUCAGAGAAUAAGGUUGAAAACUUUAAUCAAGUCGCCAAAAUUGUCACGAACACAGGAAUACAAACGGUAGCUGAUGUUGUGAAUGGCUUUCUUCAGUUAGUUGAGGCUGAUAGUAACAACGGUGUGGUUAUGGCUGUAUCUAAACAAAAGGGAAUCCAGUAUAUAAACAGACAACGACGGAAGCCUCAGGAAAACAAGCUGUGAUCAA